CUGGGCCGCCGCCCCGAGUGAGGGUUCCCUCCUGCCAUAUAGGGACGCGCGCCCCCAAGACGUGGUCGCCAAGUAAACGUGGAUGCUGAUUUGCUCCCUGACACGAUCCGCACAAAACCCUUGCAAGUACUCGGCGCGCGGCAGGAGGGUCGGGAUAUUGUUCAGAAUCCCAUUAGAUGUGGUAACUAUGUGCAGUCACACAUACUCCCGCCGCAAAUGCCAGAUGUCACUUUCCCUGGAGUGAGCGGCCGCGUGGCUCGCCUCCUCGCUCUCCCGCCGCCCCGCCUCGCUGCCGCGGCAAGAUUACACUCACAAUGUAACUAACAGUGGUCACCGCCGCAUGAUAAAGAACUACACUGUAUGUCUGUCAUUUAGUGAGGCUGUGUGCGCUCACGAAACGUACACACACACACCCUGCUCAUACACAAACAUACAUACACGCGGCGGCCACCACGCGGCCCGCCAGGGAGGGAGGGGGUCUGUCUCAAAGUUACUCAGUAGUCGGUGUUGGCUGCGGCACGGAGCGGUCUGCUGUGUCGCUCGGGAAGGCAGUGUGCGCCUGCGCGGUGGGUGUGUUGUGAAGUGUUGGCGGCGCGGUGCUCUGCUAACCCCGCCACGGCCGCUCUCUCUCUCUCUCAACAGGUGGCAAAUCCCUGGAAUAUUGUUACCUCACACAGUCCUCAGGGAAGAGAGUUAUCUGCCCAACCCGUAGUGACUUUAUUAACUAGAGGCGAGCAGCGGCGACGCGUGCGUGCGAGCCGCGCGCCCCGCCGCGGUGAGGCUGUGGCGACACCAGCGAGGAGAGAGGAAGAAAAAAUGUGGCACAGAGUGUGAUUAAUUAGUGAACAAUUGAGACCUCCCUGCACACUCCCUGUCCAGGCCCGGUGCAGGCGCUGACGCAGGGCAUCCUGGGCUGCGGGGCUGGCGAAGCUCUGCAGGCGACCGUGAAGGGAGAUUUGUAUACAAAAAAGUGUGCAAGUGUCAUUCAUAACUCGUCCGAGACUCAUCUGCUUACCCUGGCACCAGCGGCGGCGAUGAAUGAAUGAGUGACCCACCGAGCUGUGAGUGACAGACUUUACUCAUUGUUAGCCGAGACUUGUAGGUUACUGUUACUGUACAAUAGUCACUUGUAAAUAUUUUUCCCUGAACUACUCACUAGAUGCACAAAGCAGUCACCAGCACAGUUAGUCACUAGUCUCGCUGCUCAGAGCGGCAUAAUGUCACCAGGUUAUGUAAUAUUUACUUCUUUAUAUUAUUCAUUUCUUAUUGUGUAGGAUUGGCUCGUUUUUACCGCCUCGGGUCACGCCGGUCAUGAGUGUUUCUUUGUGUGAGUGGGAGUGAGUGAGUGAGUGAGUGCGGCGGAAUUGUUUGCCUCAUUGCUCGGAAGUGAGUCACGUGGUGUGGCGGUGUAGAGGAAUGUCACCCUAACAGCCUUGUAACCCUUCACUCCUCACCUCGUGUUACGCGCACAUAAACUCACUCGGUGUUAGAUUUCUUCUACAACAAAAUUAUCGCUUAUCACGCACGCCUGUGAUAAGGUGCAGCGCAACAAGCAGAGGCGGCUGGCUGGCUGGCUGGCUGUUAGCGCUGCUUGCUGUAAUCUUUGAUGCAUCAUUUAUUAUUUUUUUUUGUCGCCGCGUUUUGUCCUGUCACUGCUGUCACCGUCCCCCCCCGUGCUGUGCUGAAGGCUGACGACCUGACGUGCUCCCCGACAGGUAACGUGGAGAGCGCCAGGUGAGGGUGCGAGGAGGCUUCAGAUCAGUACCGGCGUGGAAAUACCUGGCGGACCGGGCGGGGAAGUGAGGGAGUGGGCGUGAAGCAUCGCAGGGCGGCCAUGAUGGUGAGGGGCAAAAAAUAGUGAUGCACAAUUAAUUACCGCGAUAAAGUUCAAUCACUCGGCAAGCCCCGCGAGUCGUGAGCCGCCUGAGCCACCGCGCCGCAAUCCCCGCCUCCUGCACCGCCGUUGGGAUGCCGUUGUUACUCGAAGGACUUAGCGGGGUGGUAUCCUGCAGGGUGUAGAGCGUGCAGGAUGAAUCUGUCCUGUCCGUGAGGUGCCGCUGGUGCAUGGACAGGCGACAAGUGUGAGCAGUGUGGAGUGAGAACAACAGCAGGAGUGCAGUGUCUUGAUGCCGCUCCGGUCUCCGCUGUCGCCGCACCCGUGUUAGGAAUGGCGUGGAUGGAACCCCGAACCACCAGGCUGAUUGACGAGCUGCUCCUCCACCGCCGCUACCACAAACCCCGCCGUCGCCCUCCACUCAUGAUGAAGGACGACGGUGUGCUGGAGGAGGGUGAGGGAGAGGGAGCAAUCAACCUGUCAGCCAGGCCCUCAAGACAAACAUCUCCCCUCGACCCAGACCAGGGACCAACAAAGAAAGCAUCAGAGGGAGGAAUCAGCCCUGAACUAGGGGGCGCCCGAGCUCUGGAAGGGCGCGACACCCCUGCUAGCCGCCUCUCCCCUCACCUGCAUGCUGCCAGCGCACCUGUCGGUCCCCCAACCUCUAACCAAGGGCUCCACAACCUCAUCAUGGCUCCAGCGCUGCAGCAAAUGUCACACCUCCUACACCAGCAGCUCAUCAACCCUGCCCAGAUACAGUCCCUCAUGCACCACCAGACAGUGAUGCUACACCAGCAGCAGCAGCAUCAGCAGCUGGCGGAGUUGGGGCGAAAACAGCUGGAGCAAAUACUGCAACAGCUUCAGGAGCAACUGCAGGUCAACCUUAUACAGCAGACGCAGCUCAUGCAAACACCCGAUAAAACGAAGGUGUCCGGGCCCUUGGCGCAGCUCGGGGCGCAGCAGCAGCAGUUGGUACAGCAGCUGCAGGCCGUACAGCGCCAGUACCUCCUGCAGUCCGGCCUGCACCCCGGCCUGCACCACCACAAUGGAGAGACAAGGUCUCCGCCAGGUGUCCCCAGCGAAGGGAACUCGUGGAAGGACAGGAGUGAACGAUCAGAGACGCCUUCCCCGCACCACCAUCACAACAACAACAAUAACAAUAACAACAACAACGAGAGAGAUCAGAAACCUAUGCCGCCUCCCUCUGCUAAUGGUCGCGAGAUGAACGGCUUGGGCGGCGAGGAUGAUGAUAUGACAGGAAGGCGCAGUGGUCACCCGCUCUAUGGCCACGGCGUCUGCAAGUGGCCAGGCUGUGAGGCGAUCUGCGACGAUAACCAUACCUUUCAUAAACACCUCAACACGGAACACACUCUUGACGACAGAUCGACGGCGCAAGCAAGGGUACAGAUGCAAGUCGUGAGUCAGCUGGAGCGACAACUCACCAAGGAACGGGACCGCUUGCAGGCCAUGAUGAACCACCUACAUAUGAACAAGCAGCAGCAGCAACAACAGCAGCAACAGCAACAACAGCAGCAACAACAGCAACAGCCGCCACAUCUACCGCCACCUCGCGUUUCCUCCCCCGAGCCGCCGCCCCCUCAGCCCAAACCCCUGGUGGAGCCGCCCACGCAGAGCCCUGGUGGCAUCCUCCCGAAGCUCGGCAUGAACCCCAGCUUGUUGGGCGGCGGCGUGCUGGGCCCCAACCCCCUGGGACUGCCCCACUCCCCCAUGGCGCAGAUGUCCCCCGUCUCCCUCUUCAGAGUAACAAAUGGAUUGCAAAAGGUAACCAUUUCAAUGCCGCCACGGCUUCUCUCGCCCGUGUCUCACUUCGCCACCCAUUCUGUCCACAGCGGCAUCGGCUCGCGGCACCCCCCUCUCCUACAGCCCCCCACUCCCAAUACCUGCGGCCCCCUGCGCAGGAGACUGACCGACAAGAACGCCCUUCUCACCCCAGGGCCACUAGAGGACUCCCAAGUGACUAGAAGGCGCCUUGCAGACCGUGCUGCUUUAGACGUUACUGAAGAAAUUCAGAGGAAUCGAGAGUUUUAUAAGACCACUGAGGUGCGGCCGCCCUUCACCUAUGCCUCACUAAUACGCCAGUCCAUCAUUGAGUCCCCGGACAAACAGCUCACCCUCAACGAGAUAUACAAUUGGUUCCAGAACACGUUUGCUUACUUCCGACGCAAUGCAGCAACAUGGAAGAAUGCGAUCCGCACCAACCUCUCGCUGCACAAGUGCUUUGUGCGCUAUGAGGACGACUUUGGCUCGUUCUGGAUGGUAGACGACGCAGAGUUUGUGAAGCGACGCCACCUCUCCCGCGGCCGCCCCCGGAAAUACGAACCCAACACCCCACCACCACUUCACCAAACCCUCCACCCAGGGCUACCGCCAAACCAAGGGGUCCCCAUGGCCUUCCAUGCGGCUUUCCCGACCCAGUCAGGGCCGCUCCCGCCCCCACAAGGUGUGUCCAGCAAAAGCCCCACACUGACCAGCAGCCCCACACUGUAUGGCGAGGCUCUUAACGCAAGCCUACAGUACCCUGCAUGUCUGCUGAUCGACAAACUUUGCCACCAGGCCGCCCUUGCCGAUUCCAACCUGCCGAUGCUGAACAGCGCUUUCAGCCACGCCUCCAGCAUGGACAAGGGCAGUUCCCCCCCAAUGUCCUACCACGAUGCAAUGCCCCGCCAUGAGGAGGAGGAGGAGGCCCAGCACAGGGAAAGAGAGAGGGAGCAGGAGGAGGAGAACGAGGAAAAUUUUCCCUCCCAGCUGGUGAAGCAGGAGAUGACGGAGGAGGAGAGUCCAAUGGAGACCCAGAGGGAAUGUGAGGAGGAUGCCCCCCACCCGUCCUCCCCCAUGUCCCACUUCCGCCACUACUCGAUGGAGGAGGACCGACCCAGGUCCCGGAGUCCCCUCCCCCCCAGCCCUGUGUCCCAGCACCCCCCACCCCCGGUGUCUCACGCGGUGCCACACGUGCCAACCACGCUGGGCAUGCCACCACCGCUGCAGCUGCUGCACGAGGCUCACAUGCGUCAAGGACCUCCUCUAGAAGGCUAGUGAUGUAGUGACGGGCAGUGAUACAAACUUCCCAGUGAUUUUCAACCCAUAAACAAUCUUAACUCGACUGCCAUCGUUGUUCAAGCGUCCGGCCGGCCAUGCGAGAGCCGGCCGCCGAGAAGACUCCAUUGAGAUGGUUAUCAUCUCAUCCUUAUUCAGACUGUUCUUCAUAAUAUUUUUCAAUAUUUGAAACUGGCUUGCACAAGUGACUUUGGAAAGCUUGAGAAAGGAUGGAAGAGUGUGUUAUUUUUACACUGGUGGAAUUAAGCGUUCUAUUAGACUUAUUUUUUUCAUAUCAGACUAGUCUUACUUAAGGCACUGUCAUCAGUCAUGGCACAAGUGUUGAUGUACUCCUGGUGAUGGAAGGAAGCUUGUUUUGUACAGGACUAAACAAGGAUGUGAUUGCAUACUGUAGUAAAGUAGUCAUGUAUGUAGAACGGCAGACACACAGUGGAACUUGCUUCACAUAGUGUAGUGUAGACUAAGCGGACAGGCGGUCAAACCACCUCCUGUGUACCAUUCCUAGAUGGGUCUGCAAGAUCCUACUGUGCUCUUCUAGCCCCUGUUUCUUGUCAACCUUUGCCCAGUGUUAUGCUGCUCAUGCUUGCACCUCCUGCAAUCUCAUUAAGGUUAAAGUGAUGCAACCAUUGGCACAACGUUUACACACAGUGUUCGUGGCAGUAAAAUGUAAUUAAUUCACAAAGUAAAAAGAGGUUUCAAGUGCCAUAUAAAAAUUUGUCUAAGAGUGAAUGGAACUUGGCAAACAAACAAACAAACAAACAGGUGAAAUUUGAUCUCAUCUCAAAGCGACAUGUAGCUCUUCCAUGACAAUGACAGCUGAGGGGGCCAGUCUGACCGGCUGGGCCUCCCGUAGUCACCAAGGUAGACUGUUGACUAUCAAGGUAUUAUGUAUUUUACCUGCAAAGUUACAAGGUUUGUUAAUGGUAAUUUUAAGAUUCACCAUUAUUUUUUAUAUGAUGCAUUUUUUUUGUGAAAUGUGCUUCUUUUCUCCUCCCCUCCCCCUCCCCUGUAAUGUUACAAGAGUACCCGCUGUUAGCAUUUACUGUAAGUGCACAGUAUUCUUCAUUUUGUACUGCUGUAGUCCUGUACCUCAAGCAAUCCCACCUACGUCAUUAUUUAUUUGUAAUUUAUAUUCUAGAUUAAGUGGGGUUAGGACAGCACAGAAACAAGAUCCAUAGAAUUAUAGAUACCUAGUGUAAUUUUAGGGUUAAAAUUACCAUCCCAAACCUGAUAUAAAAAAUGUAAAAAAAGGAGAGAUCAAGUUACCCAAUUUAUCAAAUAUUAAGCUUGGAACUCAAUUGUGAAACUUUCAAAACCACAAAACAUGAUCUAAAGUUCUAAUAAAAUUUGAGCAUUUCCUUUUUAUCUACGUGACCACAACAAUCAUCAACCAAUAGAGCAGCGUGAAUGCAAACAUUGUGUGUGGGUUUGGGUGUACUUUGCAGUUUAUACUAAAUAUACAGUUUUAUACUCAUGACAAAUGCAAUCAGGAAUUUAGUUUUGAAUUUUGAUGAGGGACAAUACAAACAACUUUUGGCAUGGCUAAGCACACACACAUGCACACACACACACACACACACACACACACACACACACACACACACACACACACACACAAGGAAAGCCCAUGGACAGACAGAGACAGUGUUGCGUAUACUCUCCCAAAAGUACAUAAUAGGCUUGAUAAGUAGAAGCCUUGUAGAAUGGACCACUGUUGUAGAAUGCAUUUUUUAAGAUGCUAAAAAGUAAUGCAUGCCCAUGAUGGGUACUGUAUUAUUUUGUAGGAUAGUUUUGCUGUGUUAGGGACUCAGGACUACUGUGGGGUAUGUACAAAACUUUUCAGAUCUUUUUACUCUGAUACCUAGACGUAACUUGUUAGGUAUUCCGGUGUUAACUUUAUCGACUCUUAACUUUUACGACCCCCGAGCCGCCUCCUCUCUGUGGCUCCUUCCCUCUCUUGAGAUUAGUGAUACAAAUGGUGUCGCCCCAUGGUAGUUUUGCCUCCAAUAUUGCCAUGUGUUCCUGUUAUUCGCGAGUCACAAGGUAGUUGAUGAGCUUCUUGUAGUACAUUCCCCGUGGGUGACCAAACCCAGUCCCUAAGCAAUAACUGUCAGAUGUACUUAUUGUGAAGAACAAAUGUUGCCCACCUCCUAUCUGCAGGUCCCAGCUGCUGUCACACACUGGCUCUGUGUAAGCAAACAUGAGUGACUGUCUUAGAGUAACUCCCACUUUUUGCAUUUUAAAAGUUGUAUGAGGAAAACUGUAAUGUUACCAGUGAUGUUGCUUGCAGAGGGCUGGCUAUGUGGAAUUGGAUGAGGCUCUAAAUCAUAGACCAUAGUAUACUCCAUAAUUAAGAAUUAAUGUCAUAUGCAUCACACCCUUAACAAGCACUGUAAGUCAUACCACAUUUGUUCAAAGUGGAAUGUGAAAGCCUUGAUCAUAAAGAUGUGAUGAUAACUUCUAAAAUAUAUGUAAAUAUAAAAAAAGAAAACUUGU